AUGUCCGUAACCCGUACACCACAAAGCCGAGUACCGACUGCCCCUACUUCAAAAGAGGGCGUUCUCGCUGACCACUUACCUACCGGAUUUAGUGACACGAAGUCUGUCACCAUGUUUGUCACCCUCAAACCUGGUCCGGAGAUCACUAGUUCACUGUUCUCGAUAACGGCUGAAGGAGACCAUCAGUCGGUCUUUGCUCCGUGGUCCAAUCCGAGAAGUGCAUACCAACAAGAAGUGUCCAGUGCAGCUCCGUUCAUGAUUUCAGACUGUGUUGCCCACUUUGUUGGACCAUGGAGUAGGACAGACAUGGAAUCCUACCUGUCUGGUCCGGGAGGGCAGAUGAUUCUUCGAGGUGUUUAUGACCUAGAGGCUGACUCUGAACUCGUUUGUGCCCUUCAGAGACACUGGAAAGCAGUUCAGGAUGACAGCAUCCCUGGGGAACAAGAUUCUCUGAUGCAGGAAGUGGUCAGUGGCUAUGCCUUUAGUGGUGAGAGUGGUGUUAACCAAGGAGUAUUCACACGCCUAGUAGUCGAUCCUACUCUUGAAGAAUUGCAACAUACAUUUCUUGAAGACGCCAGCUCAUUGGGUCUAGAUAAGUCACUUAUCCCUGGUGUCUUCAUUGUUGACAGUGAAGAGAUGAGAAGGAUGAAAGAGCGUGUGCAUGAGGGAGAGACUCAACUCCGCACCACAAGGUAA